AUGGCGACCAGAACAGCAGAGGCGGCUGCAGCUGCCGCGGCUAUGUCGGUGGCGGCGGGGGAUGGUCCAGGUGGGGACUCGCGGCUGGACCAGGCGGCCACCCAGUGGCUGCGGUGGGACAAGAAUCCUAAAACUUUAGAAAUGGUGAAACAAAUAAUUGCUAAUAACAAUAGAGGAGAACUACAAAAGUAUUUUGGUUCCCGAAUGGAGUUUGGAACUGCUGGCCUUCGAGCUGCAAUGGGACCUGGAUUUGCACAGAUGAAUGACUUAACUAUUAUUCAGACUACUCAGGGAUUAUGCAGAUAUUUGGAAAAAACAUUCAGUGAUCUAAAGAAAAGAGGUGUGGUGAUUGGCUAUGAUGCCCGAGCUCACCCAUCCAGUGGAGGUGGCAGCAAAAGGUUUGCACAGCUGGCCGCAACAGCUUUUAUUAGUCAGGGGAUUCCUGUGUAUCUCUUUUCUAAUAUAACACCAACUCCCUUUGUGCCCUAUGCCGUCUCCCAUCUGAAUCUUUGUGCAGGAAUCAUGGUCACAGCCUCCCAUAACCCAAAGCAGGAUAAUGGUUAUAAGGUCUAUUGGGAUAAUGGAGCUCAGAUCAUUUCUCCUCAUGAUAAAGGAAUAUCUCAAGCUAUUGAAGAAAAUCUGGAGCCAUGGACUAAAGCAUGGGAUGACAGUAUAAUUAAUAACAACCCACUUCUUCAUGAUCCAUACUCUAUAAUCAAUAAUGAUUACUUUGAAGACCUAAAGAAAUACUGUUUUCACAGAAAUAUCGACCAAUCAACUCCAUUGAAAUUUGUCCAUACUUCUGUUCAUGGAGUAGGCCAUGACUUUGUACAGUCUGCUUUCAAGGCAUUUGACUUUGUUCCUCCUGAUGCUGUUCCUGAACAGAAAGCUCCUGACCCAGAAUUUCCAACAGUGAAAUACCCAAAUCCUGAAGAGGGUAAAGGUGUCUUGACGUUAUCAUUUGCUUUGGCUGAAAAAACACAGGCUAAAAUUAUUUUAGCAAAUGAUCCAGAUGCUGAUAGACUUGCAGUAGCAGAACAGCAAGAAAAUGGUGAAUGGAAAGUGUUUUCUGGAAAUGAGAUGGGAGCUCUUUUAGGUUGGUGGCUCUUUACCUGUUGGAAAGAAAAGAAUCAAGAUCAAAAUGCUCUUAAAGACCUGUACAUGUUAUCCAGCACAGUUUCUUCAAAGAUCCUGAGGGCCAUUGCCUUGAAAGAAGGUUUUCAUUUUGAGGAAACGUUAACGGGCUUUAAGUGGAUGGGAAAUCGAGCAAAACAACUAAUAGACCAGGGAAAAACUGUUCUUUUUGCAUUCGAAGAAGCUAUUGGCUAUAUGUGCUGUCCUUUUGUUCUGGACAAAGAUGGUGUCAGUGCUGCUGUUAUAAGUGCAGAAUUGGCUAGUUUCCUAGCAACUAAGAAUAUGUCUUUGGCUCAGCAACUAAAAGCCAUCUAUGUUGAAUAUGGCUAUCAUAUUACCAAGGCGUCAUACUUUAUUUGCCAUGACCAAAACAUCAUCCAAAACUUAUUUGAAAAUCUUAGAAAUUAUGAUGGAAAGAACAAUUACCCAAAGACUUGUGGCAAAUUUGAAGUUUCUGGAAUUAGGGAUCUCACCACUGGCUAUGAUAGCAGCCAACCUGACAAAAAAGCUAUUCUUCCUACGAGUAAAAGCAGCCAAAUGAUUACUUUUACCUUUGCAAAUGGAGGAGUGGCAACUCUAAGGACCAGUGGAACAGAACCCAAAAUCAAAUAUUAUGCUGAACUCUGUGUGCCUCCUGGAAACAGUGACCAUGAACAGCUAAAGAAAGAAUUAGAAGAACUCGUCAGUGCCAUUGAAGAAUAUUUCUUUCAGCCAGAAAAAAACAAGCUACAGCCUAAGUCGGAGUAAAACAUUACUACACUGUUCACGCUUAUUCUGCAGUUAUGUUGAACUUCACUUAUAAAGCAAUAUUUUUAGAAACCAAAUAAUGCAAAUUGUGACUAAGAUGUUUACAUUUUUACAGAUAGAUCCGUUUCUUAUUGUCUCUAGUUUCUCUAAAUAGGGGGGAAAACAGGCAUAGCAAAACAUUUUUUUUCCUCAACUUUAUAAAGUGUGGUUUUACUAGGACCAAGUGUAUAAAGUUCUUUCUCUGGGCUUCAGAUGAUAUUAUAGGUUAAAUGCAUUUAUUUCCAUAAAUGACUUUUCUGUAUGAUGCUGGCUUUCUCUCAAACCUAGUUUAAUGGAAAAUAACCAAAAAUCUAGGUGUUUACAUUUUUUGAAAGAGGGCAGUUCUUGCCUGUUGUGUAGAAUGGCAAACUAGUUACUAUGUAUAUUUAGGCUUACUUAUGAAGUACAAUGCUACUUAAGAAAUGUAAAGGGAAAGAACAAAAGAAAUGUUUUACUCACAAUCAGGAAAACAUUAAGUGAGUCAAAGCAGCUAAGUGCAUUCUUUAAAGACAUGUUUAAAAGUAGUGAUUAACAAUCUUUGUUUCAAAAACACCAUUGUAUGUUGCAUGUAUUGAAAAAUUUCAACAAUUUUUAUGUUAUUUUAAAAUAAAAUA